CAAUAACAAAAUUACAAUCAGUAAAAUAAGUCAGUCAACAUAAACGAAACUCGUUGCAAAGUGUGUGAUUUUACUUUAAAAGUAAUAUUCAAGUGAAUUUAUUUUUUCCAAAUAAUAAAUAUGUCCGAAUCUCAUUUUGACGAAUACGAACAUUAUAAUUUUGAAAUUGAUAAGCAUAUACAUUCAGGCCAUAGUGGAAAACAACGUAGCAAAAAAGAAGCAAGUGAACAUACAAAUCAUUAUGAUCCAAGUGGACAUUCUAGAAAGAUUUUAACAAAAUUAAUGAAUACUGAACAUAACAAGAAAGUAGUGCCACCAGCAAAAAAUUAACCACCAGCAUAAUGAAAAGUGUGUGAAAAUUUAAAGACGAUUAUAUUUAUUACUCUUAUAUGGUAUUUGUGAUUUUUGGACAAUGAUGAUAAUAUUGUUUUUGUGUAAAUUAUCAAAUUGAUUUAUACCCUCAAGGUUAUUGAAAAUAUUAUUCGCAUUUAUUAUUUUAACACAGAUGUUCUCUCUGUCUAUUAUAUUGGUUUUCUAUAUAUACAAUAUACAUGCGCAUUCAAAUCAAGGUGAUAACAUCAACCCAGAGCGGACACCGUUACAGUUGUUGCCGAUGAAGGUUACUAUGGGUGCUUCGAGAAUAUUCAAUCUGUGAUACUUUAUUGGUCAACUGUUUUUGUGUUCCUUUAUUUCAUUAUAAAUAUAAUGAUUUGUUCAAAAGUCUGUGUUAAUU